AUGAAUAAUUUCUUCACUGUCAUCGUUUUGCUCGGCCUUACAUCCCUGGCCACUGCUGCCAACUUCACUCAGGUCUUCGAGUGGCCCAAUGGAUUGGACUACGAGUGGCCGUCAGAGGCGAGCAGGACGCAGGCCAUGAACGAUGGAACUUUCAAACCAGAGAAUAUUAUACCUCAUUUCAUGGCCGUCUUCGGUUCAAGGAUCUUCCUCAGCCUAAAUAAAUUUAAUGACAUUCCGGUGACUCUGGUGACUUUGCCAACGAGCAGCACAUCCUCUGAAAGUCCGAAGCUCACUCCAUUCCCCUCGUGGGACUUUCAUGGAAAGGGAGACUGCAACAAAAUUGAAGUCGCAAAAGGGAUGCAAGUAGAUGCUGUUGGAAGGCUGUGGGUGCUCGACAGCGGUAGCUCCGACUGCAAAGCAAAAAUAUGGACCACUGACUUGAGCAAAAAUAAUGACACCAAGCUGAUCCAUCGGUUUUCUUUUAACGGCUGGAUGUACGACUUGGCCAUCGACGAAACGCCACGUGGAACCUUCGCCUACAUCUCGCGGUGGAAUGUACAAAACAUUGUCGUGUUUAGUUUGGAAAGAAACCAAUCUUGGGUGGUGGACACGCCAGGAGUAAAGGUUUACUCCUUUGCCCUUUCCCCUAAGGAUCAGGAACCGAGACAGCUCUUCCUUGGCGAAUACAACUCCACUGAACUGUAUUCAAUUCCCGUUGACGCACUUCGCAGUGGAACUCUAAGUGCAAUGCCGAAAAUAAUUGGAAAAUGGACUGCAAUUAAACCACAUAGAAUGCUGAUGGACAACCACGGAACCAUAUAUGCAGAGAACAAGUACAGGUACAGGCUUCUAAAGGCUGCAAUCGAUACGAAUUUUCAAAAGACAGGUGGAAAUUUCCCUGCAAAAAAGUCAGCAGACGAGUCUACUAACUCUGCUUUGGUCGGCUCGCUCGCCUUCUUCCUGGUCUUGAGCUGCAUUAUCAACCUCUGGCUCUACCUGAGAAAGAGAAAUUUGCUAAAUUCCAACGAGCAGCGCGACGCAGGCGCCGAGGAAACGGAAAUGCCCGUUCUCCCGAAUCCUGUCUCGCCGGAAAUUGUGCACGAGGAAAUUGAAAAUGAUUUAUACGGCGUCGUAACGGCCCCGCCCACUCGACCAAGGUUCUGA